UGGGAGAGACCAGUGGGGUUGUGGGGAAGACUUUUGGGGUCAAGGUGGGCAGUAGGGGAGACCACUGGGGUUGUGGGGAAGAGCUUUGGGGUUAAGGGAGGCAAUGGGAGAGACCACUGGAGCCGUGGGGGGGGGCAAUGGGAGAGACCAUUGGGGUCAAGGGGGGCAAUGGGACAGACUGCUGGAGGCAAGGGGAAGACUUUUGGGGUCCAAGGGGGCAAUGGGGGGGGACCAGCGGGGCCACGGGAAGACCUGUGGGGUCAACGGGGGAACCGUUGGGGUCUCGGGGGACAGUGGGGGACCCGCCGGGUGAACGGGGCUCCUCAGCGGGAUGAACACCGGGGUUUCGGCCACCCCCGUUUGCAGCUCCCCGAGACCCCCGCCAUGUUCCCCACCGUCCGGACCGCCCCGCUGGGAUCCCGACAGAUCCCGGGAUCCCCCUACAGCCUCACCAUCCUCCAGGAGGGCUUCAGCCGUCCCAGAGCCGACGGGAGCUUCGAGGCCGACUGCUCCAUCACCCUGGUGCGUGGGGGUCCCGUCACCGCCCUGGUGGACACGGGGGGGCCGUGGGGACGUCGGCGCCUCCUGGAUGACCUGGAAGCCCUUGGGGUUUCCCCACGGGACGUCACCCACGUGCUGUGCACCCACGGCCACUCGGAUCACGUGGGGAACCUCAACCUUUUCCCUUCCGCUGCUCUUUUAGUGGGGUUCGACCUCAGCUGCGGGGAUGGGGUCUUCUUACCCAACGGGUUGGAUCGGGGGGUCCCUUACGCCCCUCACCCGGGGUUUGUUGAGGUCGUGGCCACCCCGGGCCACGUGAGGGCCCACGUCAGCGUGGUGGUGCGCGGGACGGAUGCGGGGACGGUGGUGGUGGCAGGGGAUCUCUUUGAGCGUGAAGGGGACGAGGGGGUGUGGAGGGGGCUGAGCGAGGACCCCCAAAGGCAGGAGGAGAGCAGGGGGUGGGCGGUGGGGGUGGCUGACGUUGUGGUGCCGGGACACGGAGCUGCGUUCCGCGUGGUCAGGGGUGGCUGUGGGGGUUGUGGGGACGUGGAGGAGGAGAGCGGGGACAGCAAAGGGGACAUUGAGGGCACCUAGAGGCAGUGGGGGGGCAAUGGGGACGUGAAGGGGAUUUUGGGGGCACCUAG